GAUCAGUAAAUAAAAUAAUAAUAAUGAAACAAAACGAGCUUUAAUGGAUUCAUAAUCUAACGAUACUAAUAAUCAAUAUAUUUAUAAAUGCGAGGUGUUGCGACAGCUGGAUUCUGAAUGUCCUGUGAUAUGUGUUCAUUAAAUGGACAUUUGUUCUGCUGUAAUUCGACAUUCUAAACGCUUUGAAAUGAAAAACUAAAUUCAGCGUAAAUGUGUAUAAAUGAGUCGCGUCAUCGAUGGAGCGUCAGAAUCACCUUAUACACAGAGAUUACAGAAUCAUCAAGAAGAUCGGAGAAGGAACGUUCUCCGAGGUGAUGAAGGUCCAGAGUUUGAAGGACAGUAAACAUUAUGCCUGUAAAACCAUGAAACAGACCAUCAAGAGUGUGGAUCAGGCUCAUAAUCUGAGAGAAGUUCAAGCCAUGAAGAGGUUGAGUCCACAUCCAAACAUCCUGCAGCUUCAUGAACUCAUUUACGAUUGUGACACUGGAACUCUGUCGUUGAUCUGUGAACUCAUGGAGAUGAACAUAUACGAGCUCAUUAAAGGGCGGCAGAACCCGUUACCGGAGAGUAAAGUCAAACACUACAUGUAUCAGCUGUGCCGGUCUCUGGAUCACAUGCACAGUAAUGGAAUAUUCCACAGAGACGUGAAGCCUGAGAAUAUCUUGAUCAAAGAUGACGUGUUGAAGCUGGCAGACUUCGGUUCCUGCAGGAGCAUCUACUCCAAACCUCCACACACGGAGUACAUCUCCACACGUUGGUACCGAGCGCCCGAGUGUUUGCUCACAGAUGGUCAUUACUCUCAGAAGAUGGACAUGUGGAGUGCUGGAUGUGUCUUCUUUGAGAUCUUCAGUUUGACUCCUCUGUUUCCUGGACGGAAUGAGUUGGACCAGGUCAACAAAAUCCACGAUGUUCUCGGCGCUCCAGACGGUGCACUGCUGCAGAAGUUCAAACAGUCUCGUGCCAUGCGCUUUGAUUUCCCUCCUCGUAAAGGCUGCGGGAUUUCUCAGCUCAUUCCUCAUUGUUCUGCAGUUAGCCUGUCUCUGCUGCACCAGAUGUUGACCUAUGACCCUGACGAACGCAUCAGCGCGCGCACGGCACUGCAACACUCCUGCUUCAGAGAACUGCGGAUGGCUGAGAGAAAAGCGGCGAGUCUGCGUAAGGUGAUCGGGGCGGUAGAGGGAGAAUCGAGCGGGACGCCCGCAUCUGUCGAUCAACUGUGGCGAAUGACACGACAGGGCAGAAGACAGCAUCUCAAACUCACUGGCGACCCUCUCAGCAGACGCAAUCAUUACCCUUUAGAGCUCCCGAAACUCAACGUUGUGGUCCCGACUCCAAAAAUCCUCUACCCAGUGUCCACCUUCCCAGCUCGGACCAUUUCACACCGCAGCUCUCUUCCUGCCAUCUCCAAAAAGUGCCACUCACGUCCCAAAGAAGAGACGCAUCGACUGAAGAGUUACUACAUGCCGCCGCUAGAACGCAAUCAAGACGAUUACUGAAGUCUGAACACAACUGAUGAUGAAUGCACGUAAUAUUGCCACUAAAGGCCUUCGCUGCGUCCUACAGAUUUCGUAUUUGCUCACUUCAAUUAAAUAGGUUUAUUUUGUUCCAACACAUUGUUUUUCAUGUCAUGUAAUAUUGCACUAAAUGUCCUUGAGCACACACACACACACACACUGUUUUCAGAACAAUACUAGCUCAUAUGGAUUUAGUGGCAGAUCAAUGCAAACUAUUAUUACAUAUUACAUCCCCAAACAGAUAUUGAUUACAUCAUUGCACUUGGUUUGUUUCAGAAACAGAAUAGAUAGAAAUGUACAUAAAGCAGCAGACAUUACAAGUUGAAUUUAGAAAACUGAAUCCCUCUAAACGAUCCGGGCAGCUCCGACACGUGCCAAUCGUUUCUUUCAACUCUUUGUUGUGGUUGUUCUUGCUGUUGAUGCAUAUUGAAUAUUUCAAAAGAUUUUACAUUGACUGUUAUUGGUUAAAUAAGAAUUAAUUUGCUUUUAAUGCGAAUCACCAUGUUUUACAACAUAUUGUUGUUUUCAUCAUAUAUGUGUAUUUCCUUUAAAUGAUUUCUUACUGUAAUGGUCACUUCUGUAUACUGAUUCACAGAACAUUUAAAACUAUUAGAUAAUUAAUUAUAGCUUUGUAUUUUACAGUAAUGAAUUCUAGCCAAAUAUAGUGCACAUUACAGAUAUUAUUUACCAGCAAAGCUCAUCAUAAACAAACAAAACAAGGUGUUUCUUUGUUGUGAUGGAAAUAUGAAAUAAAAAGAGAGACAGGAAUGUUGGUUUACCCAGUUUGAGGUUGAUUGGCGAUAUGUUUUGU